UACGGCGCUGCGCUUCCCCCCAUCCCCUCCUCCUCCUCCUCUCCUCCUCCUCCUCCUCUCCUCCUCCUCCCGCUCCUCCCGCUCCCCCCGCCGCUGUCCCCGCGCUCCCGGCCGGGGCUCAGGCCGCCGAUCGCAGCCGAGCCGAGGCGAGGCCGAGCCGCCGCCGGGCGCUGCGCAGGUUUGGACCGCGCGCCAUUUUGUGAGGGCAGCGAACACCCAGAGCCCGGCCGGGGACCCGCCGGGCCGCCCGCGCCCCCCUUCCCUCCGCGGCCACCGCCGCGGCCCGAGGGAGGAGGAGGAGGCGCCGCCGCCGCCGAGGCCCCCGGGGGGGGGAAGAGCGGGAGGACGCGCCCGGGCCGCUCGCCCCGCCAAGGGAGGAGGCCUCGCCCCGGGAGAAGCCGCCGCUCGGUGUUGUUUGCUGCUGGACUCCCCCUGUCCCCACAACCCCGCAGGAUGAUAUGAGACUUGAAAGAAGACGAUGCAUACAGGAGGAGAGACUUCAGCAUGCAAACCUUCAUCUGUUCGGCUUGCACCAUCGUUUUCAUUCCAUGCUGCUGGCCUUCAGAUGGCUGGACAGAUGUCCCACUCCCAUCAGCAGUACAGUGACCGGCGGCCGCAGAACAUCAGUGACCAGCAGGUUUCUGCCUUAUCCUACGCUGAGCAGCUCGAGCAGCCACUCCCACUGACAAACCAGAGGCGGAUGCCCCAAACUUUCCGUGAUCCAGCCACUGCUCCACUGAGGAAACUCUCCGUAGAUUUGAUCAAAACAUACAAGCAUAUUAAUGAGGUUUACUAUGCAAAAAAAAAACGGCGGCAUCAGCAGGGCCAAGGAGAUGAUUCCAGUCACAAAAAGGAGAGGAAGGUUUACAACGAUGGAUAUGAUGAUGACAACUACGAUUAUAUUGUGAAAAAUGGGGAGAAGUGGAUGGAUCGUUAUGAAAUCGACUCUUUAAUAGGCAAAGGAUCCUUUGGACAGGUUGUCAAGGCCUAUGACCGAAUGGAGCAGGAGUGGGUGGCCAUCAAAAUCAUCAAAAACAAGAAGGCUUUCUUAAACCAGGCCCAGAUUGAAGUGAGACUGCUUGAGCUUAUGAACAAACAUGACACUGAGAUGAAGUACUACAUAGUGCAUUUGAAGCGUCACUUCAUGUUCCGGAACCACCUGUGCUUGGUGUUCGAGAUGUUGUCCUACAACCUGUACGACCUGCUGAGGAACACCAACUUCAGGGGGGUGUCCCUGAACCUCACCAGGAAGUUUGCCCAGCAGAUGUGCACAGCUCUGCUCUUCCUGGCCACCCCCGAGCUCAGCAUCAUUCACUGUGACCUGAAACCCGAGAACAUCCUGCUCUGCAACCCCAAACGCAGCGCCAUCAAGAUCGUGGAUUUCGGCAGCUCGUGUCAGCUCGGGCAGAGGAUAUACCAAUAUAUCCAGAGUCGUUUUUAUCGAUCACCAGAGGUGCUACUGGGAAUGCCUUAUGAUCUUGCAAUUGAUAUGUGGUCCCUUGGGUGUAUUUUAGUGGAGAUGCACACUGGAGAGCCUCUCUUUAGUGGGGCAAAUGAGGUGGAUCAGAUGAAUAAAAUAGUGGAAGUUUUGGGGAUACCACCUACCCACAUCCUCGACCAAGCACCAAAAGCAAGAAAGUUCUUUGAGAAGUUGCCAGAUAGCACUUGGAACUUGAAGAAGACCAAAGAUGGAAAAAGGGAAUACAAACCCCCCGCGACUCGCAAACUUCACAAUAUCCUGGGAGUUGAGACCGGAGGACCAGGCGGGCGCCGGGCUGGGGAACCGGGUCAUACUGUAGCCGACUACUUGAAGUUCAAAGACCUCAUCUUAAGGAUGCUUGACUAUGACCCCAAGACACGGAUCCAGCCCUACUAUGCCCUGCAGCACAGUUUCUUCAAGAAAACAGCGGAUGAAGGUACAAACACGAGUAACAGCGUGUCCACCAGUCCUGCCAUGGAGCAGUCGCAGUCUUCGGGAACCACCUCUAGUACAUCUUCGAGCUCAGGUGGAUCUUCCGGAACGAGCAACAGCGGGAGGGCACGGUCGGACCCCACACACCAGCAUCGACACAGUGGUGGGCACUUCACUGCUGCUGUUCAAGCGAUGGACUGUGAAACACACAGCCCACAGGUUCGACAGCAGUUUCCUCCCCCGAUUGGUUGGACGGCCACCGAAGCUCCGACACAGGUCACUGUUGAAAACCACCCAGUUCAAGAAACCACCUUCCAUGUAAACCCUCAACAACAGAAUGCAUUACAUCAUCACCACGGCAACAGCUCCCACCACCACCACCAUCACCACCACCACCACCACCACCAUGGACAGCAAGCCUUGGGCAGCCGGACCAGGCCGAGAGUCUACAAUUCUCCAACAAACAGCUCCUCCACCCAGGAUUCUAUGGAGGUGGGCCACAGUCACCACUCCAUGACAUCCCUGUCUUCCUCAACUACUUCUUCCUCUACAUCUUCCUCCUCUACUGGUAACCAAGGCAAUCAGGCCUAUCAGAACCGCCCAGUGGCUGCUAAUACCUUGGACUUUGGACAGAACGGAGCGAUGGACAUGAAUUUAACAGUCUACUCUAAUCCGCGCCAAGAAACGGGCAUAGCUGGACAUCCCACGUACCAGUUCUCUGCUAACACAGGUCCUGCUCAUUACAUGACUGAAGGACACCUUGCCAUGAGGCAAGGCAUUGAUAGAGAAGAGUCUCCCAUGACAGGAGUUUGUGUUCAGCAAAGUCCUGUGGCUAGCUCGUGACUAAACUGAAACUAAGUUUGUUU